AUGACGACCGACCCUGUGAUCACCUCUCCAGGAGGCAGCGCCCGCACCUCCGACGCUACCGGGCCUGGUACGAUGCCUAUGGCUAUCAGGAGGGCGGGACCGGGGGACCAUGUUGAGCGGAGCACGCUCAGUCAGACUCCUGGAGGGAUGAACUUUUACGGGAGCACGCCUGGAGGCACCAAGCUCAUGUAUAGUCGCGAGCAACUCCUCGCCCUGUCUACCUCUCCUCUAUCCCGAUCGCCUGCUCAAGGUCUCUCUGCAAUUCCGGCUUCCAUCUCUCGCUCGCCGGAGAAGAGCGCCGAUUUCCACCAGCACAAGUCUGGAGGAGGAGUUGGCUCAGCCGCUUCGACGUUGCUGGGCAGUGGCGCGGGCGGAGUUGGUAGGCAAGGGAACGGCAGUGAUGCAGACAGAAACAUCUCUGGCGGUGGGCAAGCUACGAUUGAAGGACUUCGAACAGACGACAAAGGGCAGCAAGAGGCCGGCCGAGUGGCUCGAGCACAAGGAGGCGAGGAGCAAUUCGCGAUGGAUCUUUAA